CUUUAAUAACUCUACCUACAUGUACAUACUACCUCAAAUAACCGGUGCCCCCGCACAUUGACUCUGUAUUGGUUUUUCACUGCUGCUCUUUAAUUACUUGUUACUUUUAUCUCUUAAUCAUAUCUGUAUUUUUUUAAACUAUGUUGUUGGUUAGGGGCUCAUAAGUAAGCUUUUCACUGUAAGUUAUACCUGUUGUAUUCGGCGCAUGUGACUAAUAACAUUUGAUUUGGUUACGUCUUCCAAUUGUCACUGGUGGUCAGGGAUUGCAGGCUUUUGUUCCAGCCAAGCACACUACACAACUGAAUCAGUUUAUCAAUGUUGAUCAUUAAAAGCCUGCACACCCUGUAGCUUUCCAGGACCAAAGUUGGUGAUUCAGCAUAACAUACUAUUUUGCUUAUAUUGGGAUUUCACAUUUAUCAAUAAGUUAGGCUAUGUUUGUCUGGAAAAUGUUAUCUGGAAUUAGCUGGAAAAUGUGUGUUUAUAAUGUAUUCUUUAAUAACAAUUUGUCUCUUUCUCUUUUUGCAUGGAUACAUGUAUCCAACGUAUGGAUGGCCUCAUAUCCACUCAAUUUUUGACGGGCAAAGUUUAGAGAGACAGCAGGGCACAUAUUUCUGCAUCAAAGAAGGACUCUUUGCCAACGGACUUUGAAACAUGCCCUUGCCAUUUGGCUUAAAACUCAAAAGAACUCGAAGGUAUACAGUCUCAAGCAAGAGCUGUCUGGUCACUCGCAUUCAGCUACUCAAUAGUGAAUUUGUUGAGUUUACGCUUUCUGUGGAGAGCACCGGCCAGGAAUGUUUGGAGGCAGUUGCACAGAGACUGGAGUUAAGAGAGAUAACGUACUUCAGCCUGUGGUACUUCAACAAGCAGAAUCAGCAGCGAUGGAUUGACCUGGAGAAGCCCCUGAAGAAGCAGCUGGACAAGUACGGCCUGGUGCCCACUGUCUACUUCGGGGUGGUCUUCUACGUGCCCACCGUGGGCCAGCUGCAGCAGGAGAUCACCAGAUAUCAGUAUUACCUCCAGUUAAAGAAGGAUGUUCUGGAAGGCAGAAUCCCUUGCUCCAUAGAACAAGCCAUCCGUUUGGCUGGAUUGGCAGUGCAAGCUGACUUUGGAGACUUCAAUCGUUAUGAUUCGCAGGAGUUUCUUCAGAAGUUUGUGCUGUUUCCUAUCGGAUGGAUCCAGGAUGAAAGAGUACUGGAAGAGGCCACUCAGAAGGUGGCUCUGCUUUACCAGAACUACAGGGGGUUGCCUGCACCAGAGGCUGAGGUGUUGUACAUGCAGGAGGUGGAGAAGAUGGAGGGCUAUGGCCAGGAGAGUACCCCAGCCAAGGACAGCCAAGGCACUGAUAUCCUCCUUGGGGCCUGCCUGGACGGCAUCUUUGUCAAGCACAAAAACGGAAGGCCACCCCUUGUAUUCAAGUGGAAUGAAAUUAACAACAUGACUCACAAUAAGUCUUUCUUUGCCCUGGAGCUGGCCAACAAAGAGGAGAGCAUGCAGUUCCAGACCGAAGACAUGGAAACCUCCAAAUACGUGUGCCGGAUGUGUCUGGCCAGGCACAAGUUUUACAAGAUUAACAAGAGCAGCCUCCAAACCCAGCCUACUGCUGUGAAACCAGUGCAACGGCGAUCCUCCACCAGGAUGUCUCUGCCUAAGACCCCGGCCUACAUGAUGCCUCCGCCACAGAUGCCCUACAAUGGCCACUUCACUGAGCCUUACACAUCCUCACAAGACAACCUGUACAUGAACAGUCAGCACGGCUACUACUACCACUCCCAGACCAGCCUGGACCGCUUACCACUCGAGUACGGCAACAGUGGCGGUGGGAACGGGCAGCUGCGUAACGGCAGCGUGUACAGCGCCCACAGCACCAGCUCCCUCACCAACCCCCAGCACUACAUGCAGCCCUCGCCCAUGUCCUCCAACCCCUCCAUCACAGGAAGUGACAUCACCCGGCCCGACUACGUGCCCUCGCACCGCCACAGCGCUCUCAUCCCCCCCUCCUACCGCGCCACCCCGGACUACAAUACAGUCAUGAGGCAGAAGAACCAGGGAGGAGGGAUGGUGCACGCCCAUGAGCACCGCCAGAGCCACUCCAUGAGGAACCUGAACAUUGGGAACUCGUACGCCUACAGCAGGCCCGACCCCCUGGUCUACAGCCAGCCGGAGAUCAGAGGAGAGCAUGGUGGAGGAGGAGCGCACCACCACUACCCCUUCCACCUCAACUCCAGCUUCCACAGCCCCUCCCCAUACCCCUACCCCACGGAGAGGAGGCCGGUGGUGGGGGCGGUCAGUGUGCCCGAGCUGACCAACGUCCAGCUGCAGCAGGCGCAGGAGUACCCUGCGGCCAACAUCAUGAGGACCCAGGUGUACCGCCCUCCACCCCCCUACUCAUACGGAGCCCACACGCGGCCCGCUAACAGCACGCCAGACCUGUCUCACCACCUGUACGUAAGCAGCAGCAACCCGGACUUGAUUACCACGCGGCGCGUGCACCACUCUGUCCAGACCUUCCAGGAGGACAGCCUGCCUGUAGCCCACUCCCUGCAGGAGGUAUCUGAACCCCUGUUCAUGUCUGGACCCCCACAACACCACCCCCACCAGCAAAACGCACACAAACGCAACUCCAUCGAGAUCGCUAGCCUGGCUUACAGCCUGGAGGGCAUGAGGGUCAAGGACACCCCCCUUCUGGCCCCGCAUGGACCCUCCUCAAGCUCCCAGCUCAACAUAUUCCUGGAGCGGACCAAGUCAGAGGACGGGGGAGAGGGGAAGGAGCACGUGCGCUACGGCCACAAGAAGUCCCUGUCGGACGCCACCAUGUUAGUGCACAGCAGUGAGGAGGAGGAGUUUGAGGAUGAGACCGGACGCCACACCCCCCAAUCCCACGAUGCACUAUUGUCUGGGUCUGACCCGCAGCAGCUUCUAACCAAUCUGGGCCAGAUUCCCCUGGAGCCCCCGCCCGCAUAUCCCAUUGUCUCCCCCCUUGACCCUGUCUUGUCUGGCCUACCGGCCUAUCAGAUGCACACACUGAUCCAGGAGGCGGAGCCGGUGUACCUGUUGGCGCAUGGGCAGCCUAUCAGGAUGGUUCCCUCUGUGUCUGACGGUGACAUCAGUGGGCAGAACAAACAGAAGGCCAAGAAGGACUUCAUCAAGAAGAGGCCCGUGUCAGACGUUCCUGCUGGGAAGAAACCUAUCGAUGGCCUGCCUCCUGCCGGCAUGAAGAAGCGGGCUGAGCUGAAGAAGAUGGGUCCUCUGAAGGUGGCAGCCCUCAACGGCCUGACCCUGUCCAGGCUGCCACUGCACGAAGGGGACAAGGACGAGCCUGAGACGUCCUCCAACGACGAGAGGUGUAAGGUGCUGGAGCAGCGUAUGGAGCAGGGCAUGGUGUUCCAGGAGUACGAGCAGGUGGCCAAGCGGCGUCCGGCAGGCGACUGCAGCAUCGCCCAGCUUCCCGAGAGUGGCGAGAGGAACCGCUUCCAGGACGUGCUGCCCUACGACGACACGCGUGUGGAGCUGGUGCCCACCAAGGAGAACAACACUGGCUACAUCAACGCCUCACACAUCAGGAUCACGGUGGGCGGAGACGAGUGGAGGUACAUCGCUUCCCAAGGCCCUCUCUCCAACACCUGUCAGGACUUCUGGCAAAUGGUGUGGGAGCAGGGUGUGGCCAUCAUUGCCAUGGUUACAGCUGAAGAGGAGAGUGGCAGGGAGAAGAGUUUCCGCUACUGGCCACGGCUCGGCUUCCGCCACAACACAGUGACGUACGGACGCUUUAAGAUCACCACACGCUUCAGGACGGACUCAGGCUGCUACGCCACCACAGGCCUGAAGAUAAAACACCUGCUGACGGGCCAGGAGCACACUGUGUGGCACCUGCAGUACACAGACUGGCCCGACCACGGCUGCCCUGAGGACUUCAAGGGCUUCCUCUCGUACCUGGAGGAGAUCCAGUCAGUGAGGAGACACACCAACAGCACCAGCGACCCAAAGAACACCAACCUGCCUGUGCUGGUCCACUGUAGUGCUGGAGUGGGCCGCUCCGGGGUGGUCAUCCUCUCUGAGGUCAUGAUCGCCUGUCUGGAACAUAACGAGAUGCUGGACAUCCCGACCGUUCUCAACAUGCUCCGGCAGCAGCGUAUGAUGAUGGUGCAGACCAUCUCACAAUACAGCUUCAUUUACAAAGUUCUAAUCCAGUUCCUCCGCAACUCCAGGCUUAUCUAAGUGCAAACCUCAGCCCCACUCAAAAAUUUGUUUCGGGGCACGAGGUACCAAUAUUCUCCAAGUUUCCUCAAUGCUCAUGCCAAACUUCAGUGCGUUGGAGCAACUGUGGCCUCUGGCUCCAAAAAGGGCGGUGCUAUCAGAUGGCCCUUUUUCAAAGUAUUAAUGGAGGUGAGACUGCAACCUGAGGAAAGGAUCACAGGACUGUGUGUGUCCCACUUAAACAGUAUUAUUGAGAUUUCACUGUGGAGUUUUUACACUAAACGAUUACAGACAUGAAACGCAGCACUUUUUCAGUACAGUACCUAGCUAUAUAUAGUGAAACCAUGUUGAAGUUGCAAUUAGAAUCUAAGUCUGAUUUUUGCAUAUCAAUAUAAUUACAGAUCAUUUUUUGUUGUUGAUUUUUCCGAUGUGCACGCUGGAUGACGUUUUUUACAAUGAAGGACUUGACUAAUGUUUUGAUUUAGAAUUUAGAAGGAACUUAAAAUCACUCUGAUUACGUUGGACUGCUGUUGUCUGCUUGACUGUGGAAGAUGACAAUGGUUACUUUUAAAACAAAAUCUAUCUUUGGUGCAGUGCACUUGCAUCUGAGGAGUGUAGAAGUGUUGCCAUGUUCCCCCUAUGGUGGUUUAGGAUUUCUCCUUUGCUCUUCUAUUUGACCUAGUAAUAGGCCUAACACUAAGACCAUUAUUUUGAUUCACAAGAGGAGUUCAUUUUAUGUUACCCACAUGGUACCAAAAACCCCACUUUGUGGAAACCUGGGUCUUUGUAACCAAAGAGCUGUUGUCAUUCAAUAGCCACACACAUGUUGAGUUUUUCAGGUGUCCACCAAAUAAUAUUUACUGUUAAAUACAUAUAACUUAUGAAGUUGUCAAGUAAGCUUUAUUAUCUAAAUAUGAUAAAUCAUUAGAAUAACUUUGUUUACAUAUUGGGAAUUUUUUUAUUCUUUUAACAUACACACACCAAAUUAUGAAACACAAGCGCUGUAUUUUUUGAAUUCUGUAAAGUAACUGGAAGAGGUGAAAAGCCACCGGGGUCUGCCAACUUGGAUGGAAAACUACUGAGGAUAAUAGUGGACGAUAUUGCCACUCCUAUUUGCCAUAUCUUCAAUUUAAGCCUACUAGAAAGUGUGCCCUCAGGCCUGGAGGGAAACAAAAGUUAUUCCCCUACCUAAGAAUAAUAAAGCCCCCUUUACUGGCUCAAAUAGCUGACCAAUCAGCCUGUUACCAACCAUUAGUAAACCUUUGAAAAAAAUUGUGUUUGACCAGGUACAAUGCUAUUUUACAGUAAACUAAUUGACAAGACUUUCAGCACUCUUAUAGGGAACGAGCACAGCACUUAUACAAAUGACUGAUUGGCUGAGAGAAAUUGUGGGGGCUGUUUUGGUAGAUUUCAGUGUGGCUUUUGACAUUAUAGAUCAUAGUCUGUUGCUGGAAAAAUGUGUUUUGGCUUUACACCCCCUGCUAUAUUGUGGAUAGAGUUACCUGUCCCAACAAAACACACAGGGAGGUAUUUAAUGGAAGCCAAUCCAGGUAAAAUCAGGAAUUUCCCAGAGCAGCUGUCUAGGCCCUUUUACUUUUUUUUUUCAAUCUUUACUAAUGACAUGCCACUGGCUUUGAGGACAGCCAGUGUGUCCAUGUAUGCGGAUGACUAUACACGUCAGCUACCACAGCGACUGAAAUGACAGCAACACUUAACAAAGACCUGCAGUUAAUUUCAGAAUGGGUGGCAAGGAAUAAGUCCUAAAUAUUUCAAAAACUGAAGGCAUUGUAUUUGGGACAAAUUAUUCACAAAACCCUAAACCUCAACUAACCCUUGUAAUGAAUAAUGUGGAAAUUGAGCAAGUUGAGGUGACUAAACUGCUUGGAGUAACCCUGGAUUGUAAACUAUCAUGGUCAAAACAUUGAUAAAACAGGAGCUAAGAUGGGGAGAAGUCUGUCCAUAAUAAAGCGCUGCUCUGCAUUCUUAACAGCAAAAACGACAUGUGCGCAACCAUGGGGCAAAACAGAUGAGGUUGGCUUAGAUUGUUGACAUGCAAACUAUAUAUUUUGUCUCCAAUGUUUAUUGAAAACAUAAAUACAUUUGCACAAUGA